AACAAAAAAAAAAAAAAAAAUAACCUCAAACGUAGAUGAAAACUUCAGUUUGCCGAAUAUUUAUAGAGUUUUAAGUAUUUAUACGUGUUUUAGGCGAUGGCUGAGACUGGUCCUUUUACAAGUACUACCGCAUUUUGUUCGAGAUGCGGCUCUAUACUGCCACUCCUGGAAGCAUUUGGAUCUGUUAAAUGUUAUGCCUGCAGAGCAGUUUAUGAUGCACAAAAUUUUGCCAACAUAAAGUUCAACUACACAAUACAUUUCAAUGCUGUCUCAACUGUGACAAAUGAGAACAUACUCAAUAGAGACGGUCCGGAGGGUCCCGUUGUAGAAAGGAGAUGCCCAAGAUGUGGCAACGACAGGAUGUCUUAUGCUACGUUACAACUUCGGUCGGCUGAUGAAGGGCAAACCGUGUUCUACACUUGUGUAUCUUGCAAGUACAAGGAAACUGAGAAUUCAUGAAGAGGUUUUUAGAGUUUAAUAUUGGGUCCUAGUUUUUAUAAGUAUAUUUUUGUUAUAAGAAAUAUACCUAUCUUUUAUAUAUAA